AUGGCCGAGGUUGAAACGGAGCGCAUCUUAGCUGUCUAUUUAAACGCCGUGCGAGCUAUCAUCCACGACCCAGAGGCCCAGAUCUCAAAGAUUUGCCUUACUAGCGCUCUGGACGAGAAGCAGAUGCAGGAAUGGAAUUCAUUCCCACUCAAGACCAAUGGCCGCUGUAUCCACGACAUGAUCUCGGAGACAGUCAACAGACAGCCCUCGAGGCCAGCCAUCUGCGCCUGGGACGGCGAUUUGUCUUACGCCGAAGUGGACUUCUUAUCAACCAACAUCGCGUCUCGACUCCAGGCCUUGGGAGUUGUGCCUGAAGAUAUCGUCGUUCUUUGUUUCGAAAAGUCUCUGUGGGCAGUCGUUUCAAUGCUUGCAGUGGCAAAGUCCGGGGCGGUAUUCGUUCACAUUGAUCCAAAUGGUGCUCCGAAGAGGAAUGAGUCUGUGGUUGAGCAGACUGGGGCCAGGAUCGGACUGUCUUCGCCGAAACAGUCUGACAAGCUGAGAAGCCUCGUGGAAACCCUUGUUAUCGUCGACAGGACUUCCAUCGAGAAUAUUCCAAACUCUGGCAUCUCACUAACCCAUUCUGUCACUCCUUUAAACACACUCUACGUCAUCUUCACAUCAGGAACAACGGGCACACCUAAGGGAGUAGUGAUCCAGCACAAGUCAUUCUGCUCCGCCGUGGCUUAUAACUCCCCCUGGCUUCAAAUCGAGGCCGAGUCCCGCGUUUUGCAGUUCACAAACUUCUGCUUCGAUGCUUCUCUCGAAGAAAUAUUUACCGUCCUUGUCGCGGGCGGUUGCAUCUGUAUCCCGUCCGAGGAAGAGCGCAUGUCCGACAUCCCCGGAUUUGUCGCGCGUAAGCAGGUGAACUGGGCUGCUUUCACUCCAUCCUUUCUCCGUACCCUUGAUCCAGGAGAUCUGGGGUCUGUCAAGUUCAUAACCGUUCAUGCAGAGCCGAUGGGCCAGGAUCUUGUAGCUCGUUGGGCUGGGAAGAUCCACAUGAGGCCCAGCUACGGGCCAACGGAGUGCUCAGUGACCAGCACCAUUGGAGCGCCGUUCAAGGUGGAUACGAUUGCUACGAAUAUCGGUUGGCCGGUUGGGUGUCGCGCUUGGGUUGUUCAUCCGGAGAACCACCACAUGUUGAUGCCCGUUGGGGCUAUCGGCGAGCUACUUCUCGACGGUCCGGUUGUGGGCAAAGGCUACCUCAACGAUGAGAUAAAAACUGCGACUGCCUUCAUUGAGCCUCCUCUAUGGGCGGCUGACAAGUAUCUUUCAUAUGAAGGUGACGGAGGCUCUCGAAGGUUGUACAAGACUGGUGAUUUGGUGAGGUAUGCCGAAGAUGGAAGCCUCCUCAUCCAACGCAGGAAAGACCACUCCCAAGUCAAGAUUCGUGGCCAACGGGUUGAGCUUGGCGAGAUUCAGUAUCAUCUCAACAAUCUUUCAGGAAUCAUUCAGCAUAGCAUGGUUCUGGUCCCGGAAUCGGGUAAUCUCAAAGGACGUCUUGUGGCUGUCGUUAGCCUAACAGUCGUGUUAUCGAAUCUCGAAACACGCAAUUACAACCAGGAUAUCGUCAUCAUCAAGAAAGACAGCCUCAGCCAAGAGAUGCACCAGAAGCUGGCUGAUGCGAUGAAUACAAUCACUUCGGCGCUUGAGAGAGAGUUACCUCAGUAUAUGAUGCCGGAAUCAUGGCUCAUUGUCAAAACCCUCCCAGUUCAGCUAUCACUCAAGUUGGAUCGGCAACGGGUGAUGAGCUGGGUAGGACAAAUUGACCAUCGAACACUGCAGGAUGCUCUUGAUCUUCACAAAGGAGGGUCCUCGGAUCACCGGAUAGGCCUUGAGCAGUCAUUCUUCAGAAUUGGAGGAGAUUCUAUCUAUGCUCCCGACAAUGUCGAGACCGUGUCAUCCUGCUCGCCCUUGGCUCACGUCUUCUCCGACUUUGUCACGCUCUAUCGUGGUCAGAGUCCAGGGGCAAAUCCUCUGACCUGUUUUCAUGAUUACAUCGAGCACAUCAACUCUCGGCGUGAUCUCCACACAAGCAAUGAAUACUGGGUCGACAAGCUACAGGGUGUAAAGCCAUACAUGGUCCCAAUCGAGACUAUGGUGGGAAGCGGCUCAGACCCUCACACCAUGGGUUCCGUCAAUUUCGCGGUGGAUAUCACGGUCGAAUUGAAACAGUUUCUCCGCGAGGCCGGGGUGACUCUCUCGAACGUUCUUCAAUUCGCAUGGGCCAUGCUCCUUCAUGUUUACACUGGUCACUCUACCGUUUGUUUUGGGCAUCUAGUCUCUGACCGAGACAUUGACUUGCCGCACGCGGAUGAGGUCAUCGGGCCGAUGCUAUCAAUGAUGAUAGCCUGCGCUACUUUUGACGAUUCUACGAUGGUUAUGCAGGCCUUGCAGGCCUUCCAAGAUGAGAACAUCCGCAGCCUGGAGCACAAGACCUUUGACUUGACCGAAGUGGAGCGGCAGCUGGGGUGUGAAAGCACUGGACUUUUCAACACUCUGGUCAACUACCGAAAGGUCAAGUACUCGGAUGAUGAUCUUAGUAUUGGCUUUCAAUCAAUCUGGAAGCAGGAUCCCCACGAGCAACUACUGGUGCUGGCAUUCAACGAGGGGCCAUCCCGGCUUGACGCGACGCUUACCUACUACGAGUCCCUGUUCUCUGAGACUACUAUGAAGACCUUAACGCAGACAUAUCGGCGCCUGCUUGAUCUGUUGAUUGACCACCAGAGUCAGACGGUGGGCAACAUCAAAGCAGCCCUUGCUUCAUAA